GCCCUAAUUGGCCCCAUUACUCCUGAGUUUUGACUUUUCUGCGCAUGUCAAGGUCUUUUGUCCCUCGGCGGACGCCGUUUGCCAGCCAAAGCCGUAUCUCCACGCUCGCCGACUACGUAGGGUGCCGGGUUGUACCCUCCUUUCUACGCCUGCCAUGGCGAGCCGAGGGGUUCGGCAGCGCUUGAAGGGCGGUGGCGGUGGCGGCGGCGGCGGGAUCCCGGCCCCGGCGACGGCGGAGAAGCUGCGAAACCCGCGGUGCACCCGAGAGGCCGGCAGCGCGGAGCCCCGGAGCGAGUCAUCUGGAAGCAAGGCAGGCCAAGUCUGGGCCCCCGAGGGAUCUACGGCUUUCAAGUGUCUGCUGUCUGCCCGGCUGUGCGCUGCUCUGUUGAGCAACAUUUCUGACUGCGAUGAAACCUUCAACUACUGGGAACCCACACACUACCUCAUCUAUGGGAAGGGAUUUCAGACUUGGGAGUAUUCCCCGGUGUAUGCCAUUCGCUCCUAUGCUUAUUUGUUGCUUCAUGCCUGGCCAGCUGCAUUUCAUGCAAGAAUUCUACAGACUAAUAAGAUUCUGGUCUUUUAUUUUUUGCGAUGCCUGCUGGCUUUUGUGAGCUGUGUUUGUGAGCUUUACUUUUACAAGGCUGUAUGCAAGAAAUUUGGGCUGCAUGUGAGCCGGGUGAUGCUUGCCUUCCUGGUUCUCAGCACUGGCAUGUUCUGUUCAUCAUCAGCAUUUCUUCCGAGUAGCUUCUGUAUGUAUACCACGUUGAUAGCCAUGACUGGAUGGUACAUGGACAAAACCUCCAUUGCUGUGCUGGGAAUAGCAGCUGGGGCCAUCUUGGGCUGGCCAUUCAGUGCAGCUCUUGGUCUACCCAUUGCCUUUGACUUAGUGGUCAUGAAACACAGGUGGAAGGAUUUUUUUCAUUGGACGUUGGUGGCGCUUAUCCUCUUUCUGGUGCCUGUUGUGGUCAUUGACAGCUACUAUUACGGCAAGUUGGUGAUUGCACCACUCAACAUUGUUUUGUAUAAUGUCUUCACUCCUCAUGGUCCAGAUCUUUAUGGCACUGAACCCUGGUAUUUCUAUUUAAUUAACGGGUUUCUGAAUUUCAAUGUGGCCUUUGCUUUGGCUCUCCUGGCCUUGCCACUGACUUCUGUGAUGGAAUACCUGCUGCAGAGAUUUCAUGUUCAGAAUUUAGGCCACCCGUACUGGCUUACCUUGGCUCCAAUGUAUAUUUGGUUUGUGAUUUUCUUCAGCCAGCCUCACAAAGAGGAGAGAUUUCUCUUCCCUGUGUACCCACUGAUAUGCCUGUGUGGCGCUGUGGCUCUUUCUGCACUUCAGAAAUGUUAUCACUUUUUUUUUCAGCGCUACUGCCUGGAGCACUACACUGUGACAUCAAAUUGGCUGGCAUUGGGAACAGUCUUCCUGUUUGGGCUCUUGUCUUUUUCUCGCUCUGUGGCACUAUUCAGAGGAUAUCAUGGGCCCCUUGAUUUGUAUCCGGAAUUUUACCGAAUUGCUACAGACCUGGCCAUCCACACUGUGCCGGAAGGCAGACCUGUGAAUGUUUGUGUGGGGAAAGAGUGGUAUCGAUUUCCCAGCAGCUUCCUCCUGCCUGAUAACUGGCAGCUUCAGUUCAUUCCAUCAGAGUUCAGAGGCCAGCUACCAAAACCUUUUGAAGAGGGGCCGUUGGCCACCCGGAUUGUUCCUACUGACAUGAAUGACCAAAACCUGGAAGAACCAUCCAGAUAUAUUGAUAUCAGCAAAUGCCAUUAUUUAGUGGAUUUUGACACCAUGAGAGAAACACCCCGGGAGCCGAGAUAUUCGUCCAAUAGAGAAGAAUGGAUCAGCUUGACGCACAGACCAUUCCUUGAUGCUUCCAGAUCUUCAAAGCUGCUGCGGGCAUUCUAUGUCCCCUUCUUGUCAGAUCAAUAUACAGUGUAUGCAAACUACACCAUCCUGAAACGCCAGAAAGCAAAACAAACCAGGAAGAAAAGUGGAGACUGGAGGUGAGCAGAACCAACUUACAAGAAGAACUGAGAACCCCUGGAUGGGAUGGCUGUGUUCAGCUGUUCUCCACACUCUGGCUUGGCAUCUGAGAAUGCACAAGGCUCUCUCAGACCAUUUGGGCUUCUCCACCGAAGCUGCUUGGCAGCUCCUAGCAGACCUGCCUGUUCCAGUCCUAGUGCUGAAAAUGAGCACAGCCUCAUUGCCAACCCACAUGUCUUUUUCCCCUCCAGUAAGACUGAGCUUCUGGAAAGCACUUCACAGGAUGAGGACCCUGUCCUGGAACUAUCUCAGGAAAAUGGCGACCAUUUGAGGAACUGUGACCUGAUUUUAUUGUAGAUGCUGCCUCUCAUCUCCAUUUUAUUUCUUUAACAACCAAUGGAAACCAAAUGGUGGUUUUUGUUUGUUUUCCAUGUUAGCAUGCUGUUUCUUGAAUUCUAGGCUUCUCUGUAUAAAGGUAUCGG